AUUUUGUGAAAGCCGGUCAGCCGACUAAAGCUUCGUCCCCGUGUCAAGGAAGAUUCAAAGAAAAACAGAAUUUGGGCAGACACGUCGAUCGCUAGCCAGUUAUCAUCCGAAAGCAGUCAAUCUUAUCGUAUGUCCGCUAUCCAGAACCUCCAAACUUUCGACCCAUUUGCAGAUGCAACUAAGGGUAAUGACAGACUCCCAUCUGGGACUGACGACUACAUCCACAUAAGAAUCCAGCAGCGUAACGGCAGGAAGACUCUGACCACGGUCCAGGGCAUAGCCAUCGACUAUGAUAAGAAGAAGCUAGUCAAGGCCUUUAAGAAGAAAUUUGCCUGCAAUGGGACAGUGAUUGAGCACCCAGAGUAUGGGGAAGUGAUUCAGCUGCAAGGUGACCAGCGCAAGAAUAUCUGCACGUUUCUGAUUGAGAUUGGCCUGGCGAAAGAGGAGCAGCUCAAGGUCCACGGAUUCUAGAAGCUCUCAGCAGCCUCAUUCAUCUCCCCUUGUCCUGAUACACUACAUGGCCAAAAUUAUGUGGACACCCCUUCAAAUUAGUGGAUUCGGCUAUUUCGGCCACACCCAUUGCUGACCGGUGUAUAAAAUAGAGUACACGCCAUCCAAUCUCCAUAGACAAACAUUGGCAGUAGAAUGGUCCGUACUGAAGAGCUCAGUGACUUUCAACGUGGCACCGUCAUAGGAUGCCACCUUUCCAACAAGUCAGUUCGCCAAAUUUCUGCCUUGCUAGAGCUACCCCGGUCAACUGUAAGUGCUGUUAUUGUGAAGUGGAAACGUCUAGGAGCAACAACGGCUCAGCCGAGAAGUGGUAGGCCGCACAAGCUCACAGAAGGGGAUCGCCAAGUGCUGAAGCAAGUAGCAUGUAAAGAUCGUCUGUCCUCGGUUGCAACACUUACUACUGAGUUCCAAACUGCCUCUGGAAGCAACGUCAGCACAAUAACUGUUCGUCGGGAGCUUCAUGAAAUGGGUUUCCAUGGCCGAGCAGCCGCACACACGCCUCAGAUCACCAUGCGCAAUGCGAAGCGUCGGCUGGAGUGGUGUAAAGCUCACCGCCAUUGGACACUGGAGCAGUGGAAACGCAUUCUCUGGAGUGAUGAAUCACGCUUCACCAUCUGGCAGUCCGAUGGGCGAAUCUGGGUUUGGCGGAUGCCAGGAGAACGCUACCUGCCCGAAUGCAUAGUGCCAACUGUAAAGUUUGGUGGGGAAGGAAUAAUGGUCUGGGGCUGUUUUUCAUGGUUUGGGCUAGGCCCCUUAGUUCCAGUAAAGGGAAAUCUUAACGCUGCAGCAUACAAUGAAAUUCUAGAUGAUUCUGUGCUUCCAACUUUGUGGCAACAGUUUGGGGAAGGCCCUUUCCUGUUUCAGCAUGACAAUGCCCCCAUGCACAAAGCGAGGUCCGUACAGGACUGGUUUGUUGAGCUCGGUGUGGAAGAACUUGACUGGCCUGCACAGAGCCCUGACCUCAACCCCAUCGAACACCUUUGGGAUGAAUUGGAACGCCGACUGCGAGCCAGGCCUAAUCGACCAACAUCAGUGCCCGACCUCACUAAUGCUCUUGUGGCUGAAUGGAAGCAAGUCCCUGCAGAAAUGUUCCAACAUUUAGUGGAAAGCCUUCCCAGAAGAGUGGAGGCUGUUAUAGCAGCAAAGGGGGGACCAACUCCAUAUUAAUUCUCAUGAGAUUGACAAGCAGGUGUCCACAUACUUUUGGUCAUGUACACUGAAUAAAAAUAUAACUGCAGCAAUUUCAAUGAUUUUACUGCGUUACAGUUCAUAAAAGAAAUCAGACAAUUUAAAUAAAUAAAUUAGGCCCUAAUCUAUUGAUUUCAUAUGAAUGGGCAGGGCCGCAGCAAUGGGUGGGUCUGGGGGGCAUAGGCCUACCAUCUUGGGAGCCAAGCCCAAUCAAUCAGAAUGAAUUUUUCCUGACAAAAGGGCUUUAUUACAGACAACCUCCUCAGUAACCUUUCAUUUACAGGGAUGUAAACAAAUUUGUGCACAAAAUUUGAAAAUGUUUUUUGUGCUUUUGGCAAAUGUUUAUGAGCUUCUAUUUCAGCUCGUAAAAUGUUGGUUCCACAUUUCAAAUGUUGCAUUUAUAUUUUUGUUCGGUGCUGUGCCAAUAUCUCUGUUUAAAUGUUUUCCCCUUUAGAUUUAGUUUGUAUUGAAUUUGUCUGUGCCCAGUGGGGUCCUUUCGUUUGCUUAUCUACUUUCCCUCCCACUACUGUUUGCUGAAAGGAUGGGCUAGAAUUCUACUUGGUGACAGGUCACAAAUGAACGAGAGUAAGUCGUCUGGUCAUGAGAUGAUACUUAAGAGCAAAAUGAGACUGUGGAAGGUGUUCAGUGAUAGGUCCCCAUGUAGACCUACCUGGUUCUGAAGGUUAUCGAUCAUCCCCAAGUGGCAACACAUUUCUUUACGGUCACCAAGGGAUCUUCUCUCCCAAUGUUCUUUGAUCUGUAGCUCAAGCUGCGUGUUGGUUCCCUCUAGUGAGUGCACCUGAGCCACACAACAUCGAGCCUCACACAUUCAUACAACACACAUCCUAGGUAGACUUCUCACUGUUUUAGCCACUAAGAGAGGAAUCGCAACUGAGUACUUGAAUGCACUGGGUGGCCGUUCUAUCGCAUCUGACCAGAAUAUCAUUUGAUUUUUACACCUAAUGAUAGGAGAAAGUGAAUGGUAGUUCUUUAGGCUAACAGUGAAAAAAGAAAACCCUACAAUUGUGAUGCGAAAAGGUAUCUAAUUUAGAUUCUCUGUGUAGGACGCAAAGCGACCAUUAAGAUCUUCCAGGUUCUCCCUCUUGCUGAUGCACAGGGAGCCUGAGAAUUUUGUCAUGCUCCCCGAGACACUUGAUGCAUACCCCAUUAAGGUCUAAUAACCUCCUGCACCACCACAAACACUGUUCCAGUGUCCCCCUCUGCAGUCGUGGGAGAGCUGCUUAGCGCCACUGGCACGGAACAACUGCAUUGAUGCUGUCACGGCUGCUGUCAACGUCCCUCCAACCUGGGGUCUGAUGUGAUGCUAUAAAGGGCUUUUUUGAACUGUGCAAAAAUGUUACAUGUUUUUGUCUAUUGAAAGCAAGGGUGGGUGUGAAGAAACCCUGCCCACCACAGAUCUACAAAAACAGUUGUGGGUAUGUAUGAUGGAAUUAUGUUUUCUUCUCUUUCAAAUGUAAAUUGGAUGGUUCUGAAGGCAGGAUCACAGUGAAAAAAGGUCUAUAUGGAGACAGAAUAACUUGUAAAACUUUUUCUUUCUGGAAGUGGACCAAUAAAUACAUUUUUAAGUUGC